AUGGAUCCACAUCUUCUUGGUACAUUGGGACCUGGGAGAUGGGAUGCUGAUAAUGAUCUUGUGUGGGAAAUAUUACAACCAAUUCUUCGACUUGCCACAUUGAUAAUGCAAAGCAUCCACCCUGAAUAUUAUGAUGCCCUGUUUCAUGGACCACGAACUCCAAUCGACCCAGCGAGAUUUCCUGACAACCCCCCGAAAUGGGUGACCCGAGCAGUUCUAGAUGGACUUCGUUCCUUCAAAUCGAGAGCUCUAGCUCCACACGAUCCCAACCUUCAAAAGAGCAAGGAUGAUUUGCUUAAGGCGUUGAAAAAGUAUGCCAAAUUCAAAUUCAGAAACAAAUCCGACAAUCUGCGAUACAUUGGCUGCACCAAGUACAAGGUAGCAAAAGAUGCAUUUGGCAGCAACUAUCCUGAAAUAGCUAUUAAUUUAGAUCAUGAAAAUUUCGAACCAUUACUUCGAUCGGAUAUUACAGCGUCCGAAAAGUUAGGUUAUCAAUGGCAAAAUGCAUUAAGUAUUGCUCAUGAAUGUGCACACGCAAUGCAUAGGAUAUCUGAAUACUUGAAAGAGAAACAAGAUCAAGCUUUAGCGAAUUGGCGUAUAACAACGGAGCAUCAUAUGCGGGACCACCCUAUUCAUGAACUUGGUUACGCAUUGGAGCAAUUCGCUCUUGGGGGUGUCACUAAGGGAGAAACCAAUCCACUAGGCUCAUUGUUUCCAACCAUAGCCUUUUUUUGGGUCGAGUGGCCAUCGAGACGUUGGGUAAACUAUUCAACCAAUCUUGUAUUGAAAAGUCCUCCGCUGAAUCCACAAUACUACUACUACCCGAUACCAGUAAAUCAUUUUGAAGAUGUUCACCAGAUAGAUUUCUGGAAUCAUGUCAUCAAAGUUUUCGGUCCCUUCAUGCUUGCGCUCAGGUCCCUAAAAGUAACCAUGCAGGUCACUGACCUUCCGAACUCUCCUAAAGCAAGGCUACUGAAUAUGAAUACUGGGGAACCCCCGGGUUCUAGUUGGAAGAUUAGACACGCCGCUUUGAAAUCAAAGCAGGACAUGAGUGCAGAUGAACGAAGAGCUUGCAACGCUGGGGAUAAAUUAAUUGAAAGGGCAAAACUAAACGAAAAGUUCUUUGCCAACAGCAAAAAACAAAGCCAGCAACUUAAGGCUAUCCUCGAUUUCAAUGACGAUCUCAAAGAUAAGAUUCAUGCUACCACUGACGCUGCCUUUGCUGCUGCUAUCAGCCGAGGCAAGCAAUCCACGCGCGUGAAUCCAGCGUAUUUCGCACUCGCAAAUUCCGGAGAGGCCCCGAUUGAAGUCGAAGCAAAUCUAUUGAGGUUCAACCAAGGCUUCAGAGGAUUCGCCAGAGAGAUCGCCUAUAUACAAUGGUCGGAGGAGUUGAACGAACAUUAUCAAUACAUAGAUGAAAUACUAGAAUUCAAGCGACAGAUGUUAUACUCACCCGAAGAUGAAAACUGUCAAAAAGUCACGGUGGAAUAUAGGGAAUUUGAAGAAAUCGAUGACAUCAUUUACGCUUACGGUAAGAUAGGGUUGGAACCUGAGAAAAUGAAAUCGGAUAUCUCCAGGAUUGCUGAAGCCUUUGAAAAGCGAUGGGAAAGUUCUCGAUACGGCAGAAUCUGCGCGAAAAUCAUAAAACUGGCUGCAGAUAUAGCGUUGGGAGAAGCUGUAGAUCCGGAGGUUGAACUCAAGGAAAUCGACAGUAAGAUACAAGCGCUAACAUCAUUGAGAAGUGGAGAGGACAAUAAACCUUGUGAUACCUGGAGAGUAACACUGGAGAAUAUGAUCAAACGGAUGCAGACGAUUGUGGACGAUCUUCGACAGAAGCUCGCUGCGCCGGUUGCUCUCGAUACUAAUAUGACCAAUUAUGACCCUCAGGAUGAGGACGAUGUUGCCACGGAUAAUGAUAUGGCGGAGGAUGACAUUGCUACGGAUGUCGACUCGAAUGAGGAUAACUGGAUUCCCUAUCAACCUGCUUGA